UUAACCUCUGGGUUCAGGGUUUGCUUUGUUUGCUCAAGGAAGAUUUACAUCUUUCGGUGCAUCAGUUCCUUCCCCUUUUGCAGUUGCUCUGUGAAUGCAUGCGACGGAGGUGAACAUACAUCACAACCAAUUUACUGCUUAUUACUGCUGCUAGUGCAGGCAUGCGUCUGUGUCACUGAUGAUUCACGGCUUGGAUGGAACGGGCUUCAAAACUUUCCUGCUUUGGUCUAUGCAAAUGCAGCCCGUUUAAUUACAAGUUUACAACGCGUCUGCUUCGUUUGCGUCGACCGAAACAGUAAUAAUCUUAACAAAAAUUCGCAGUGCAGGCCUGAACAUCACGAGUUCAGACUGGGUAACACAAUCUCAAGAUGAGAGGCACAUGCCAUCUUCUUCUUCUUGUCGCCGUGGCGGUAGCGAUCCUGUCGCCGUCGCUGUGCCCCGCAGCCACGGCAUGGGGCAUCUUCUCCUCCUCCUCUAAACCCACGAGCCAGACCGUCGCCGCGCCGACGCUGCCGGACGACGACGGCGGCGGCAGGACGGUGGUCGACUUCUCGAUGGAAGGCGGCGGCGGCGGGCCGAGGGGCGUGGAGCUGCUGGAUGGCGCGCGGCGCAGGAUCGCCGGCCCGGCCUCCUGCUGGGGCGAGGCGUACCGCGGCCUCUUCGCCAGCUGCGCCCACAUCAUGUCCGACAAGGAGCGCCAGUCCAGGCUCGCGUGGCGCCUCAGCGCCUGCUACCAGCAGGACUCCGGCCGCCCGCCGCUGCCGCCCUGCGACGACCGCUCGCGCAUGGUGCACUGCCGCAAGCGCCUCUCCGAGCACGAGGACAAGGUCUUCCUCGAGUUCUUCCUCGAGACCAACACCCUCUGCCACCAGCUCCAGGCGGAGGCGUUCAAGCAGAGCACGGAGCGGCUGGUGAACGACCUGACCCGGGCGGCGGCGGCGGCGAGCGAGAAGCUGUCGGCGAUCGAGGAGAGGUCGGACCAGAUCAUCCAGGAGUCGAGCAAGCUCCACGGCUCCAUGUCGUCGAUCGUGUCGCAGACGGAGCACCUGGCCGCCGCGUCCGACAACCUCAAAUCCCGGAUCGGCGACGUGCUGGCGCAGUCGGCGGCCAUCGCGGAGCAGUCGAGGCAGAUCGCGGCGGCGCAGGCGGGCCUCAGGGAAGGGCAGGAGGAGAUGCGGGGCCGGAUCGACGCCGGCAUGGCGCGGGUGGAGGAGGAGUACGCGCGGCUCGGCGAGGAGAUGGUGAGGCUGAAGGAGGAGGCGGCGGGGAUCGAGCGGGAGGUCAGGGCCGUCGGCGACGCCAUGGCGGCGCGGAUGGAGGGCCUGCAGCGCACCGCGGAGGAGAUCGGGAGCGCCGCCGGCAAGUCGCUGGAGAACCAGCGGGAGCUGCUGGAGGGCCAGGCGAACGCGACGCGGGCGCUCGGGGAGCUCCACGGCUUCCUGGCCGGAGCGCUCGAGGAGAGCAGGGAGGCGAUGCACAAGCUGGCGCGCUUCGGGCGGCAGCAGCAGGACGAGCUGCUGUCCCGGCAGGAGCAGCUCCGGCGAGCCCACGACCACCUCAUGCACAACUCGGAGUCGAUCCUCCAGGCGCAGGAGGAGUUCAGCGCGAAGCAGGCCAACAUCUUCGCGGCGCUGGACAAGCUCUACGUGCUGCACAACGCCAUCCUGGUGGAGUCCCGCUUCAUCAAGGCCUUCUUCUUCUACAGCUGCGUCGUCUUCCUCCUCUACCUCCUCACCAGCGCCAAGCAGACCUUCGCCAUCAGAGGCCAGCUCUACUUCGGCCUGUGCAUCACGCUCGUGGUGGAGGUCGCGCUCAUCAGGCUGGGUGCCGCCGACGACGACCUCACCAGGCCGUUCUGGAUCGUGUCCAAGGUGCUGCUGCUUCGGUCGGCCUUCCUCGCCGCCGCCGCCGCGCAGAUCCUGCACGCCAUCUUCGCCUUCAAGGAUUACGAGGUGCUGAACCAUGAGCUGCUCCAGACGCUGGUGGAGAAAGUCCGGGCAAUCGAAGACAACGCCGCCGGAGACAAGAUGUGUCCAUGGGGGACAGGCAGUGAUGAUGAAAGCAGCCUCAGCGACUACUCGUGGGUCUUCGACGAGCUGCAGGACAACGUCGACAGCGAAAUCGACCCGGACUUCGCGCUCCGGGAAGAUGAGAUCUGCAGGACGGACCACGGCUUCCGGGAAGAAAUCGGCGAAAACUCGCUCUCAGCGUCGAUCGCCAUGAGGAGAUACAACCUUCGGGCGCGCAUUACACCACGGUGACGGGCACGCAAGUAGAGCAUAUAUAUGCAGAAGUAUUGCCAGAAGUUGAAACUGUUAAUAUGUCAGCAUUUUGCUGAAGAACCGAAGGACAAGGCAACAACUUUUUUAUAAACUAAUGAUGUCCAAAUUGUCUGAAUCUACAACUUGAAGCCAUAAAGGAAAAACAUAAAGCUGGACAAAACAUCAGAUUUAAGAAAUAUUCAA